AUGACCGAAGCCCAUCUGACGGGUAUCGUCGGAGGGCACAAGCACAAGCAUGCAGCGGUCUCCUUUUGGGCGAGUGAGUUGAACGACUUCAACACCGGCUGGAAGGUGAUCAAUGGCACCUGUGGAGGACGCCCCUUCACCUUUGGCCUCGGCGGACACAAGCUGUGCGACGAGCUCAACAUCACCAUGGGCUAUUCGACGGCGCAGUGGAGAAUACGUGGCUGGGUGGUCCGUGUCUCUGGAAGGCACGUAUACGACCGAAUCUCCGGACCAACUCAUCGGCUGGACAUUGGCUUCGGCGCAGAUAGCUAUGCAAUGGCGGCGUCACCGCACGGUAUUAUAGGUCAAGCAUUUGCGUCCGCGUCGCCGCGCGUUGGUCGGGUCGACGAAUAUCCAUUUUCAGGCCGCUUUCGGACGGAGGCGAUGGCUGAGGGUGCCAUUGAAGGGGUUGCUGCGCAGUACGAAGUAGAGGGGGAGUACCUAACAAACGCUGUGGGGGAGGUUCUCUGUUUCACGUGGGACGGCGUGCUGAGGCACAUCGGCGCCGACGGUGGCGAUGUCUACUCGACGGCGGCAGCGACCCGCGGGAGCGGGAUCGACAUGCGGUACAAAGGUGGAGCUGUCGAAAUUUACGGCUACGACAGCCGAGCCGGUGGCACAGUACUCCGGUGGAAGUGGUCUUCGAGCAUCUACGAGCCUGGGACGUACCGGGCAUUUCAUUCCUUCCUCCUCGGGCCCUGCUUGCUGCUUGACGCAGUGGCGCUGGAACGGCACGUCGUGUAUGGAUGGACGCCCUUCUUCGGAGACGACCCGACCACCACCAUCAACUGCACUGCUGCCGAUGCAUGCAGUACUCCUGCGCCCGCGCCAGAGAACCUCCCCGAGUACGAAGCGGCACGGGCGCGCUCCGAUGCAGACUAUGCAAUCCGUCUCGCACAGCGCCUGGUGGCCUCCACGGCUGCCUUUGGUAUCACGAACAUUCCAGGAGCGAGCACCGCCGUGGCUGCGCCACCCAGCACACCCACGCUGCCUCCGACGGUGCGCGCCUCACGUCCUUACCGAGCUCUAAUCCUCUUCUACAUGCGUGGAGGCUGCGACUCCUUCAACGUGCUCGUCCCGCACUCUGGCUGCGACGACAGAAAUGUGGCGCAGCAGUACUUGGAGACGCGGGGUGUCGUCGCGCUAGACCCGGCUUCACUGCUCCAGAUUGAUGUCCCAGCGAGCAAUAAACAGCCAUGCACCAAGUUCGGUGUGCACCCUGAGCUACCCACGCUGCAGCAAACGUUUGCGGACGGCGAGGCGCUCUGGGUCGCCAACGUGGGUGGGAUGGUGGAGCCGAUGACGAAGCAGGAGUACCUGGACAAGGACCGGCAAAUUCCCGCCGGGAUCUUCGCUCACGACCUGAUGCAGGGCGCCGCGGAAUCGUUGCUGCCCCAGCAUACCACGGGCGAGACUGGCAUCCUGGGGCGCAUCAUCAAGGCGCUCUAUGACCAGGCGGAGGCCGCAGGGACUGCGCCCGUCAAGGUGACUCCCUAUUCCAUCACAAGCUCGCGCGCGAUGUUCCGCGGCAGUCCUGUCGAGCCCAUCCUCCUCGACUCCAGCAAGGGGAUGCUGACUUUUGGGGGAUCACAGACCGCGGCCGACGCAUACAAUAUCGAGGAGCGCGAGGCGACGAUGCGCACGCUCAAGCGGCUGGCUGGAAUGGAGACGGAGUCGUUGUAUGCCACCAACUUCAACUCAGCAGUGCGACGGGCACUGGACGACUCUGAGGAUAUUGCAGCAAAGCUCGCAGAUACCACCCUCACACAGAGCUGGCCGAGUGGCAGCCGCCUCAUCGAGCAGCUGAAGCAGGUGUCGAAGGUCAUAUCGGCCCGAGAAGCGCUGAACGCAGAAGUGGACCUGUUCUACAUCGCUAUGGGCGGCUUCGACCAUCACAGCGAGCUGCUAUUGGCGAUGCAAAAGGCAUUUCGCGAGCACGUGGAGCCCGCUCUCUCCACCUUUGUCGCUGAGAUGAAGGCGCAGGGCGUGUGGGAGAGUGUGGCCCUGCAGUCGAUGUCUGAGUUUGGACGCACCUUGGACACAAACGGCGCCGGCACCGACCACGCGUGGGGCGGCAACCACUACCUGAUGGGCGGCAGCGUGAACGGUGGGAACAUUCGUGGCGCCUUCCCCGAGCUCAGGGUUGACGGGCCGCAGAGCCUUUCCUCCAAUGCGCCCAUGCUACCAACCUCGUCGUGGGAGGCGAUCUGGAAGAACCUUGCCCAGUGGGUUGGCGUCGAGGACAGCCAGCUAGAGGCCGUCAUGCCCAACCUGCGGAACUUCGGUAAUGACAACCUGAUCCCGUACGCAGACAUGUUCCGUUCUUGA